AUGAAGUCAAAUUCAAAUAUCAAUUUAGAAACGUCGAAAACCCCUAGUCAAGAUGCACAAGGUCGAUGGUAUGAAUUAUUAUCACCAACACAAGUGCUGACAGGGCAAAAUUUAGCAACAACAGCAACUGUAGCAGCAGCAACUACUACAACAACGCUUGCAUUGAACAGCAAGAAGAAGAAAUCACGUAAUCGAAAAUUACAACGUUAUUCACGAAAACUACGUAAACAAGGUGUCGACAAAGCAACUAUUGAAAUGUAUAAACGUUCAAAUGGUUUGCGACAAAAACAUCAAGCACAAGAUAUGGAAACCGAAGAAAUCAUUCCACUGAAUGACACGGAAGACCAGACUACCCAAGGCCCAGAUAAUCGUGAACAACAAGUGAAGAAACGAAAACGUGAUGAUUCAAAGAAACAAAAUGAAGAACAGCAAGAUUCCAAUUGCAUCAGCAAAUCUUUAAGUCAAUUGUCAAUGAAAGAAAACACAAACAAAAAGAAAAAAAGAUCAUCAUCAUCGUCGAAGAUACACGAACAGCAGCAACAGGAACCGGAAGAAAAUGAAAUAAAUGCAAUUCAAUGUAAUGAUAAUAAAGAACGAAAAUCUUUACAUUAUUAUUUAAAUGCCAACAAUAAUAAUUUGAAGAAAAUGUUAAAAACAGCUAUUGUUGGUCGUAAAGAUAUUUUACAAUGGUGUAAAUUAGAAGAAAAUAUCGAUUAUGUUCGCGAACAUACUCGUUUGAUAGAUAGGGUAUGUUAUCUUAAAUUAGAAGAAGAUCUUUGGAAAAGUUAUAAAAGUUAUGGUGAAGCAUUCCAUUGCUGGACAUCACCAUUACCACAAGCUGUCAUUAAAGAUAAUAAAUUAGAGUUCGAUUAUAAGAUAUCGAAAAAGUCGAUGGAAAAAUAUAUCGAAAAAAUUAAAGAAAAAAUACUAAAAGCUGAAGAACAAGUACAAGAACAUGCUUUGUUAUUGAAAAACUAUCCACCAUCAACUUCGAAUCAAGACGAACAACGUUUAUGGGCCGCUAUAUUAGCUUUAGUACGUAAAGGUCAACAAAAAUUAUCUCAACAUUAUGAGCAUAGAAAAAAACGUUUGAAAAAUGUUGCCAAAGAUUAUUCUUUUAUAAAAGCAUGUUAUGAUUGUCAACCAACACAAGAUGAAAUUAUAUCUAUGCAAAUUAUUUGGCAAGCAACAAAUAAUGAAGGCAAAUCACAAGAAAAUGUCGAUAUCUUAAAACAACAUCUGUUCCUCAAACGAAUACCAAAAUCAUUAAAUUAUCUUGAUGAAUCAUUUUCAAAAGUAGAACAUAUGUUACGAAGGCCGAUUUUCGAUGAUAAUAUAAGGACAACAUUAUCCACACGUCAUAAGAAAAUUAUUGCACAAAAUAAAUGUGAUUUAUUAAAACUUUACAUUAGUAUGGCUGAAGCAAGUGUUCGUGGUUUUCAUGAAUAUGCUGAAAAAGAAAAAAAGAACUUAAUUAGUCGUAUGCAAAAAAAUCCACAUCGACACAUGGUCAUUGAACAACUUAAUUCAGCUAUUGAACAACGUCAAGAUCAUAUACGACAAUGUAUGGAAUACUUAACCCAACAUCGUCUUCGUUUUUUCUAUCAUCGCUCCGACGAUCGUCGCCAAAAAUGGUAUCGUCGGAGCUAUCAUCUUAAUUUACAUUUCGAUAUUCUUCCAUCAUCUCCUAUUAUUGAAGUAUAUACAAAAUUAACUGUGGAGCAAUUGGCAUUACUUGCUCGUGGACCAAAAUAUGUACCACCAUGUCAAAGUCGAUUUUACAAGAAAGAAAAAAGAAUGAAACUCAUAGAUCAAGAACAUAAAAAUAUAAUGAACACAAUUACAGAAUUUUUUCGAAAAUAUAAUUAUUGUAUUUCAGACAAACGUGUCAAAGAAUUUUCUUUUAAUCUUAAAAAUCUUAUUCAACAUCUUUACACGAAAAAAUUAUCAAGAAAAUUAUCUGUGCGUGCUAAACGUGAACAUAAAUUAAUUAUGACUAUUCGGCGAUACUUACGAAACUAUCGACAAGUAAUUUUACGACGAACAGAUAAAAGUAAAGUAUUUCAUCUUGGUAAUGCUAAAGAAUAUCAAAGAAAAGUUAUUGAAUAUAUGCAAGAAACACAGGCAUAUGAAGAAAUUACUUCCAAUGUUUCACCAUUAGCAGCUAACUUACAACAAGUUAUUUCAUUACUUGAUCAUCUUCAUCGUGCUGAAAAACCACUCAUUACGAAAAAGCAAUAUGACAAAAUGCGUCCAAAAGUAAGUGAUACUGAAUUAGGUCAUCUAUAUUUUUUACCAAAACCUCAUAAAAUCGGUACACCAUUACGACCCAUUGUUGCUGCAAUUCAUGCACCAACUAUAUUAGUAUCAAAAUUUCUAGAUGAUUUACUUCGUCCUAUAUUUAAUCGUGUGGCCCAUCAUACAAUCUAUAUCGAUAGUAUAGAUCUUGUAAAACGAUUAGAAAACUAUGAAAAACAAGGUCAUCGAUUAUCCACUACUAAAUUUAUUACAGCCGAUGUGAAAAAUCUAUACACAAUGAUACCAAAAGGUGGUGCACUAGAUGCAUUAUAUCGAUUUAUUAUUAAAUAUGGUAAAGAUCGGCAAAUUGGUAACUUAACUGUUAAUACAAUUAUACGAUUAGCAUGCGUUGUAUUAGAUACCAAUUGUUUUGUGUACGGUGAUAAAUAUUAUAAGCAAGUUCGAGGUGGUGCUAUGGGAUCACCCUUUACAAUGACAUUAGCUAACAUCUAUAUGUAUGAAUGGGAACAAACUUUAAUUCAAUACCAACAACAACGCAAUGAACUCUAUGGGCGAUAUAUCGAUGAUAUAUUUAUGACUUCAAACGAAUCUUUGGACAAUAUUAAAACUUUACUUGAUCGAGAAAAUGCAAAAGAUCCAAAUAUUAUAAUUAGUUAUAACAUUAAUGAAUCAGUAGAAUUUCUUGAUGUUCUAGUUGAAAACAUUCAAGGUCAAUUAAAAACAUCUGUUUUUCGAAAACCAGCUGCUGAACCAUAUAUUCUACCUUAUAUGUCUGAUCAUCCACGCUAUAUUCAUUGCAAUACAAUUCAUACUGCAUUACUUCGUGGCAUUCGUGUAUGCUCAGACAUAGAAACAUUUGAUCAAGAACGAUUAAAUAUUGAAAUAGCAUUAUUAUUAAAUGGAUAUCCACCAAAGUUUAUUAAACAAAAUUUUAAAAAAUUUUUUACAACUUAUAAUGCGUCGUCCAUCUUACAAGAUCUAAAUAGUGAAACCUAUAAAACACUUCAUCAUCGAUUACUCAACGAAUCCACUGCUGAUGUAAAACAACAACAACAACAAGAGCAACAACAUGAGGAAGAUAAUAAUCAUCAAAACUUAGAACGUAAACUUCCUAAACCAAAAAAAAUUAUUAUACACUACCAAUACGAAAGCGGACCAUUAAAAUUAUUUAACAUUCAAUUUCGUAAACUUUGGAAGAAACACUUCUUUUAUGAAAUGUCACCAUUAACCAAAGUUCGACUAAUCAUUGGAACACGAACAAACAAAACAUUGGAACAUUUACUGGUAGAUAAGAAACCAAAUCGACGUCUCUUAAAAUACGUCGACAACAGCACAACAUCAGCAGCAAUGGAAACAUAA